GUUUCGGACAAACAUUCGUACGUGUGAAAUGGGUUUAACAACCUUAAUUAUCGGGGUUCUUUGCAUGAUCUGCUUCUCUUCGGGUGAAAAUUCAACCUGCGAUAACAGCCUAGAGGAUUGUGCACCACUCAUACUUACUCCUCUCAUAAGCAAGGGAAAUGUGAAAGAAGCAAGACUGAGAGCGGAAGUGAAGUUUGAAGAUUUCAAAAAUGUUAAAAGUUACUCAGGGUAUUUGACCGUAAAUGAAAACUUUAACUCAAACUUAUUCUUUUGGUUUUUUCCCGCAGAGGUUGAUUACGAAUACGCGCCCGUCAUUUUAUGGCUGCAAGGAGGGCCAGGUACCUCUACUAUGGUCGGGGUGUUUUUGGAACACGGUCCAUUUACAGUUCAGCCCGAUCUAACACUAGAAUUAAGAAAACACAGAUGGACCACGAACCAUUCCGUCAUUUACAUGGAUAAUCCAGUGGGUACCGGAUAUAGUUUCACUGAUCCCGAAACUUACGCCAGAAAUCAGACCGUUGUCGGCGAUCACCUUUACACUGCACUAAUUCAGUUUUUUCAACUCUUUCCGGAAAUUCAAAGGAAUCCAUUUUAUGUGUUCGGUGAAUCUUAUGGAGGCAAAUACGUACCUGCGAUAUCCUACGCCAUCCAUAAGAAAAAUCCUGUUGCUAAACUGAAGAUCAACUUGCAAGGCUUAGGAAUCGGUAACGGAUUCAGCGAUCCAGUGAAUCAAAUCAAAUACAGCGACUAUUUAUACCAAACAGGUUUAAUCGACAUGAACGAUAAGAAGAAGAUGGAAGCUCAAGAACAGAAGAUAAUCGAUCUUAUCCAUUUGGAGAAGUGGGAGGAGGCCUAUUUCAGUUUUAGCGAUUUGAUUUACAAUGGAAAUGAUACCGAUACUCUAUUUUCAAAGUUGACCGGUUACAAUGACACAAAUAGUUUGCUGGACGAAAGCCCUACGCAUAAUAUUGAAGCGUUAAUAUAUAUUUUGCGGGACGAUCUAAUGUCAGCGCUACAUGUUCCGGUUGAUCAUGUCUUUAAGGGACAAAUGGUUGUUCGCUACUUAAUCCCUGACAUUAUGCAGUCAGUCGCCGUUUGGAUAUCUGAAUUGUUAAAUUCGUACCGUGUUUUGGUUUAUAAUGGGCAGCUAGACAUUAUUGUGCCUUAUACUGGCACAAUCAACUACUUAAAUAAGUUGAAUUUCAGCAGCUCGAAGUUGUAUGGUUCCGUUUCCAGAAGCAAAUGGAUAGUCGAAGAUAUGCUGGCAGGUUAUGCUAAAUGUGCGGGUAACUUGACUGAAGUGUUAGUACGUAAUGCAGGUCAUAUGGUACCUACCUACCAACCUAAAAGAAUGUUACACUUAAUUACUCGAUUUACUCGAAAUCAUUCCCUGUGUGUAGAACAAAAUGAAGAUGACCGUCCGCAAAAUAACAAAUAACGCACUUCUGAACUAUGGACGACAGUGUACAUAUUAGUGUAAAUUGUGUGAAGCAAAGGCUCCCACAUUUGUUCUUGCCGAGUAUUUGCCAACGAUUGUGGGAAGUGUCUCAGACUAAAUGGUGCAUAAUUUUUCUAGCAAAACUACAAGAAUCGAACUGGCACACACUCUAACCAGUGGCCUGGACCGAGAAUCCACAUUCUCCACUUAAAAUUUAUUUAUUUACGAUUAUAUGUAAUGUAAUGAACACAAAUGAAUCUGGUUGAACGCACCUUCUCAUAUGCUUUCAGCCAGUGAGAUUAAUUAUUAAAUAAAUUCCUGCCUUCUA